AUGGCAGCUAAACACCAUCCCGACUUGAUUAUGUGCCGCAAGCAGCCGGGUAUCGCAAUUGGCAGGCUGUGCGAACGCUGCGACGGCAAAUGCCCUAUCUGCGACAGUUACGUGCGGCCCCAUACGCUGGUACGGAUAUGCGACGAGUGCAACUAUGGAUCAUUCCAAGGAAGAUGUGUCAUCUGCGGUGGCCAGGGGAUUUCGGAUGCUUUCUACUGCAAGGAAUGCUGCCAGAUGGAAAAGGAUAGAGACGGGUGCCCGAAGAUCGUGAACUUGGGCAGCGCCAAAACUGACCUGUUUUAUGCACGUAAACAAUUCGGAGCCAAACGAAGCUAG